CAAACCUUGAAAAGGUUAAUAAAAAUAUUUUUUUCGAUCGUGAUGCAGUGAGAAAAAGGGAAGGUUAAAAAUUUCGAUGCUAUUUGACUGUUUGAGUACGUAUUUGUGAAAUGCGCACAGAUUGGCAGAUAUGAAACGUUCAGCAUACUAGGCGGUUGCCCGAACGCACCGGAAGUUCUUUUUUCCUGCCUGAAUAAUGCUCAUUGCGCGGGUAAGACGGUCUGCCCGUUCGUGCAAAGGUCAAAAUGCGUAUCGGAUUUCUUUAAAUAAACCGCUGCGGCUGUAAAUCCUGCGAUCAAAAUGCCAUAAGAAGCGUGCGCCCUGUGAAAACGAUAAUCUCAUCGCGAUUGAUUUGUCCCGGCUGUCUGCGCUGGCUGGCAGCUGCCAACUGAGUGCCAAGCAUAAACACGCACAAAAGGCCGUCCUUGCAUAAGGCCAGUGGCGUAACGAGGCAUUUACCUUUAGGGUCCACGAAUCUCGUGUGCGCCGCCUCCUGCUGCAAAGAAUCCUGUUCGUUGUAUUACAAACUCAGAAAUAACAUUAAUAAUUUAAAGACAAUUAAAGUUUUUAAAUCUGUGAUUUUAUAACUGAAAAAUAAGCUGCCACAUUGUGCACAACGAUAACGAGUCCGUUUUACAUUCCCGUGAAAUCAGCCUCUGCUCGCGGCUAAAUCGCGAGCAGGUGCGCACGCGCUUGAUCGCUCGAUAUUUUUAUUCAGCACGAGAAGCCGUUAUGCUGAUUAUUGCGUCAAAUGGAAAAACGCUAUGAAUAUUCAUCUGUGCGUGGAAACUAGUUAGACAGGUUUUGAUGUUUUCCUUUUUCUGUCUAUCUUUCCCGGGUUGAAUUUUGGCGUUGUUGAUGGCGAAAAAGAUGGACUGAUGACAGUAUGUCACGGACUGAACCGCGGAACAAAAGGAACGCUGCUGCUGCACCAUCCAACACCACCAAUCACCGUCGCGCCAACAGCAUUUCCCCCGAUAUGCACGCGCGCAAAGGGGCCACCCCCGGCCCCGCCAGUGCCGACGCGGGGGCCGUGGAUAAGGAGCAGUUUCGGCGGGCCUUCGAGCAGUAUACACCGGUGGAGAUUGAGUCGGGCGCGGAGCUGGACAAGGAGCUCAUGCGCAUCCACACGCUCCUGGGGAAUCCCAACGCGGACUGGGAUCGUCGUGUCGAGCAGCUGAAACGUCUGCGUGGCCUGCUGCAUAACGGAGCUGCUGACUAUAAGGAAUUCAGUUUGGGCAUGCGCUAUGUUGACACGGCUCUUCAAGCGGCCAUCAAGGAUCUCCGCUCGCAACUCGUUCGUGAGGCCUGCAUAACCGUUGCUUUCAUGUCGGAACAAUUGGGUUUGAAGUGCGAGCGAACGGCAGAAAUGACCUUGCCGGUUCUUCUCUUGUUGCUGCCGAAUUCCGCUAAGGUGAUGGCCACGUCGGGGCUGGUGGCAGUCCGAUUCAUUCUCGAGAAUGUCCCUUCGCCAAAACUCGUUCCCAUAAUUACUGCGGAAUUUUUGGCGUCCAAAUCCAAGGAAACCCGCCGUGCCUGCUGUGAAUUUUUAACAAUAGUCCUGACGAAUUUCCCGAAAUCGGCGCUGGACCGGCAUCUGGGCGGCAUUCGGGAUGCCGUUAAAAAGGGACUAUCCGACGCUGAUUCGGAUGCUCGCGCCUUGGCCAGAUCUGCUUACGCUGCCCUGGCCCUUGGCUUUCCCACCUGCGCCCACGAGAUCUACCAGGAGCUGGACCCGGCCAAGCAGCGCCUCCUGGACGACCCGGCCCCGUUGCAUUCCAGCCAAUCCUCGCUGAACUCCACCCCCGCCCGUCAUCUACCGUUUCUGACGGCCCCGCGCGCCAAACCCAUGGUCAAAUCGACGACUACGGAUACCUUCGCCAUGCCUCGGCUGCCGCUGCGCUUCGCCGCCACCCCGCCCGCCCGCAUGCCGCCCCCCGGCGGCGGUCUGCGCUCCAUCAGCGCCAUGGACCAGGACGCCGUGCGGCGGGCCCGCGAGAAAGUGGGGGUGCUGGCUGGAGGAGGGCCGCCACUGCAGACCGCCUCGGCGCUGCCCAAGACGACGGCGUUGCGACGCAGUUUCCGCCGGUAUUCCUCCGAGAAGAGCGGGGAGAAGGCGACGCCCGUGGGGGCGGUGCGCAGUGGAGUGGUCAAUGGGGGAGUUCCCGCCGCCGGGGAUGGCGGUGGGCGGGAUACUGUGGAAGCCGGCGGAUCGAAUAUUGUGGACAAUAUUCCGGAUAUUGUAGCGCAAAUGGGCAGCAGUAACUGGCUGACCAAGCGCGACGGCCUGCUGAAUCUGCAGAAAUACAUGAACAAUGGAUAUUCCUUCUUGCCCAGUGAAAUGGAAUUGUUGCGGUUGAGUUUCACCCGCUUGUUGACGGACUAUGCCAGCAAUGUGGUGGUGAUGAUGCUGGAUACGUUGUAUGAUUUUGUCCGGAUAUGUCAUGCCGAUUUGAACGGCUGGCUGUUCACCCUGCUGAGCCGGCUGUGGAGUAAACAGGGCACGGAGCAGUCGAAGAGCACCGGGAUCAAAGUGGAUAAGCUCCUGCAUCUUAUACGGCACACAUUUCCCUCUGCGGAGCAGUUGGAGCACGCGCUGCGCUUCAUCAGCGACCCGGCCACGGGGCCUAGCUGCACGAACAAAACCAAAGCGGCGGUGUUGGGCUAUGCCGUGGCGCUGAUAGAGGAGAAGGUGGUGCAGCCGGGCGACGUGCACAACAGCAGCAUCACACGGCUGGGCGUGAUGCGCGCCAUCUCCUGGUCGCUGGAGGGCAAGACGCCGGAAGUGCGCCGCCUGGCGCAACAGUUACUUGUGCUGCUACACCAGCUAAAUCACGCCGAGCUGGAGGCGGUCAUGAGUGAGCUGGAUGAGCAGCUGCAGGACGCCGGCAUGAAGCUCAUCAGUAUUUAUCCACGACGCGCGUCGGGUGUGUUGGCGGACGUGGAGAAGCGGAAACCAGGUGUGUCGGCGACGACGACGCCGCUGAAGGCCAACGGCACCAAAAUGCUGAUGCCCAUCAGUUCUAACGGCAAGAGCCAGAAGCCCAACGAUGAGAACAUCAACCCGCAGCUGCCGAAAAGUGCGGUCAAAGCCACACCGACGCGCAAUGUCGGCUCGGCCGGAUUGAAGGACGGCCGGGUGGUGGAUGCGGGACAGUACAUUACGGAGUGGUCCACGAUGUUCGCCAGCUGUCCCAAAAUAAAACGCGUGGAUCUGCUGGACCAUCUGGGCGUGGUUCUUGGCGGUCUGGAUGAGAAAUUGUGGAGUGAGCAUUUCAUGGUGGUGCUGCCGAUGCUGUUCGAUCUGCUGCACGAUCCCAGUGUGCAGCACGAAGCCGGCAUUGUGGCCGCCACUCUUCUGUGCUUCGCCGUUCUGCUGCGCAGCCAACCCGACCGGAUGCGCCAGUUCCCCGAGCUGACCAUCGUCAAUCUGCUGGAGAUUCAGCGGAACGCCGUCAAUUCGGUGAUGAAGGCGGCGGAAGAGUGCGUGCAGUUGGCCGUCCGCUGCUUCCCGCCGGCCACCACCGUCAGCAUCCUGGCGCCCAUCGUCGCGCAGGCCGAGGGCGACGCCGCGGCCGCCGUCCGCUUCUUCGCCACGCUGUGCCAGUCGGCCACCGCCAAGGAGGAUCUCGUCGGCGCCCUGCCGGCCAUCUUGCCCAAACUUGUCAGCGCAUUCGCCGGGAGCGACGAUACGGCGAUGCGGAAGGAAUGCGUGUACGCCAUCGUCUACGCUCGCAUGAAGGUGGGCGACGAGCAGAUGGAGCCCUACAUCAGCCCGUUGUCGCCCAGCAAGGUGCGUUUGUUGAAAGUGUACGAGAAGCGCGUACAAGGGAAUUGAAGAAAAAUUCGUGGAAACCGUUUGGCGGUGUCCCGUUGCGGAUUGUGCGAAGUUCGCUGUUUUUGACGUUUUCAUUUUGGUGUUCUUUUAAUUUUUAAUCUCCGGUCCGUCCCGUGUUUGAGCGACGGAUUUUGGAAGAUGGCUCCGUUUGUUGCCCCCCUGCAGCCCCAACGUCCUGGAAAUGAAAUAAUAGUUUGUGAUUUUUCUCUAGUUUUUCUGGGUGUGUUCUCAUUUUGCUGUGAGAUUAGGCGCGCUUAGAGUUUUUCCCCCUUUUUGCCAGUGAGGCGUUCCUUUUGGACAGGUGCUAUAAUUAAUUAUUGUAUAAUCAUUUGCUGGCUUUUUUCGGCAGUUUCUUUUUUAGAUGGUAUAAUUAAUGGAUUUAAAGAAAUGGAAUAAAAAUAAAAUG